ACAGAAAGAAACCCCAAAACUAAAAGCGCUUUUAAUUUUAAAUUUCAAAUUUCAGCUCCCAAGCUCAGGAGAACAUGGCAAAUGAUCCUGAAAUCAGUGCACCGCUAAUUAAAAGGAGUCACAAUCACAAUCACAACAAAAACGCCACCACCUCGGCGCCGGAGAAUUCACCAGACGACGAGACUUCUCCGGUGGAGCAGGUGGCGCUGACGGUGCCGGUGACCGACGAUCCCUCACUGCCUUCGUUCACGUUCCGGACAUGGAUUUUAGGAACCCUAGCGUGCGCGCUCCUCUCGUUCCUGAACCAGUUCUUCGUGUACCGGCGGGAGCCGCUUUCGGUGACGGCGAUAUCGGCGCAGAUCGCGGUGGUGCCGGUGGGACACCUGAUGGCGGCGACGGUGACGGAGCGCGCGUUCUUGAAGGGGACGCGGUGGGAGUUCACGCUGAACCCGGGGAAGUUCAACGUGAAGGAGCAUGUGCUUAUCACCAUCUUCGCCAGUACCGGAGACGCUACCUUCUUCGCCGUCCAUUUCGUUUGCGCCGUUAAAGUGUUCUAUCGGAUGGAGUUAACGGUCUUGGCGGCGUUACUUGUCGUUAUAACAACGCAGGUUUUGGGCUUUGGUUGGGCCGGGGUUUUCAGACGGUACCUUGUGGAGCCCGCUUCAAUGUGGUGGCCCCAAAACCUUGUCCAGGUCUCGCUCUUUAGGGCGCUGCAUGAGAAAGAGGAGAGACCAAAGGACGGGUUAACUCGGAAUCAGUUUUUCCUUAUAGCAUUUCUUUGCAGUUUUGCUUAUUACGUCUUUCCCGGUUACUUGUUCCCGAUGUUGACGUCAAUUUCGUGGAUUUGCUGGGUGUUUCCCACUUCCGUUAUAGCACAACAGAUAGGUUCAGGUUUGCAUGGUCUUGGGCUUGGUGCUAUUGGCUUUGACUGGUCUAGUAUAUGUUCUUAUCUUGGUAGCCCCAUGGCCAGUCCUUGGUUUGCCACGGCUAAUGUUGCUGCCGGUUUUGCCAUUUUCAUGUAUGUCAUCACACCCAUUGCUUAUUGGACCAAUCUUUACAAUGCAAGAAGAUUUCCCAUAUUUUCAGAUGAUCUAUUUAUGUCCAAUGGUGAAAAGUACAACAUCUCAGCUAUAAUAGACUCCAAGUUUCACCUUGACAUGGAGGCUUUUGAACGUCAGGGCCCUCUUUACCUUAGCACCAUCUUUGCCAUGUCAUAUGGCAUUGGUUUUGCUUGCCUUUCUGCAAUCCUUGUUCAUGUCUUGCUCUUCCAUGGGAGAGAAAUAUUGCGGGUAAGUAAGUCUGCUAUCCAAGAGAACAAGAUAGAUAUACACACGAAGAUCAUGAGGGAAAAUUAUAGUCAAGUUCCUGAAUGGUGGUUUCUUUGCUUUCUUUUGUUCAACAUCACAACAACUAUAUUUAUAUGUGAAUAUUUCAACAAUCAACUCCAACUACCAUGGUGGGGUGUGGUGUUAGCUUGUGUUGUUUCCAUAUCAUUUACUCUUCCAGCUGGAAUAAUUAGAGCCACAACAAAUCAGACACCAUCUUUGAAUAUUAUAACAGAGUACAUAAUUGGAUACAUUUACCCAGGAUAUCCUGUUGCUAACAUGUUGUUUAAAGUGUAUGGGAAUGUGAGCAUGCAGUUUAUCAUUACCUUACAUGCCCUUCUUCCUCUCCAGGUAGUUGGCACCAUAAUAUCUGCAGUGGUGCAUUUACUAACAGCAUGGUGGCUCAUGAGCACUGUUCCAAAUAUCUGUGAGAGAGAUUUGCUUCCAGCAGGUAGUCCAUGGAUUUGCCCUGGUGAUCACGUGUUCUACGACAUAUCUGUAACAUGGGGUUUGAUAGGGCCACGUAGAAUGUUUGGAGAUCUUGGACACUACUCAGCCAUAAACUGGUUUUUCUUGGCUGGAGCCAUUGCACCUUUCUUAGUUUGGCUAGCACACAAGGCCUUCCCUCAGAAACAGUGGAUUAGGCUCAUCAAUGUGCCUGUGCUCUUGGGAGCAAUAGCUGUCAUGCCUCCAGCCACAGCAGUGAACUACACUAGUUGGGUCCUUGUUGGCUUUGUAUCAGGGUUUGUUGUAUAUCGUUACUAUCGUGGUUGGUGGAGCCGACACAACUAUGUGUUGUCUGGUGCACUUGAAGCAGGGUUAGCCUUCAUGGCGGUUUUGCUCUACUUGUGUUUGGGGAUGGAGUAUAUCAGCCUUAACUGGUGGGGCAGUGACCCAGAUGGGUGCCCUUUAGCUUCAUGUCCAACUGCUCCAGGUGUCAUAUCUAAAGGGUGUCCUCUUUACUAAGUUUGAUGGUGGUGGUGUAGCCAUGGUUUUAAAUUGUAGAUGAGGUUGUAUUGGGAAAUGCUAAAUUGCUGGCAAAUAAGGUUUAUGGAGCCACUAGCCACAGUUGUUAUUAUAAUGAGGUUCCACAAUUGUUUU